GAAUUGCAGAGGGCAGAGUCUGGGAAGGCUCCAAAGGGAGCGGUUCCUCCAAGGCAAUGUCCCUUCUCUCCAGGAAGCUGCAGUGAGCAGACCCUCUGGGGCCCCAGCAGGGCCAGCUGGGGAGCAUGGCCAAGCCCCGGCUCUUCCGGGUGUGGCUGGCUCUGGGGUCCGUCCUCAUGAUCCUGCUCAUCAUCGUGUACUGGGACAAUGUGGGAACCGCCCACUUCUACUUGCACACGUCCUUCUCCAGGCCGCACCCUCUGGGGUCCCUUCCCACCCCCAGGCAGGGGGAGGAGCUGGAGGUGGCGGCUGAUGCGGAAGUGGACGAGUUUCUGGAUAAGCUGCUCAGUUCUGGUGUGAAGCAGAGCGACCUUUCCAGAAGGAAAACAGAGGAGCAGCCGCCUAUGCCAGCCUCCAGCCGGCCUGCGCUGAGCCGUCAGGAGGAGAGCGUGAGGGGCUAUGACUGGUCCCCGCACGACUCCCGGCAGAGCCCAGACCAAGGCCAGCAGCAGGCCGAGCGCAGGCGCGUUCUGCGGGCCUCCUGUGCCAACGCCAGCCUGGCCUUCCCUACGAAGGAGCGCACUUUCGACGACAUCCCCAACUACGAACUGAACCACCUCAUUGUGGACGACCGCCAUGGUGUCAUCUACUGCUACGUGCCCAAGGUGGCCUGCACCAACUGGAAGCGCGUGAUGAUCGUGCUGAGCGAGAGCCUGCUAGACCGGGGCGCGCCCUACCGCGACCCCCUGGACAUCCCGCGGGAGCACGUGCACAACUCCAGCACCCACCUGACAUUCAACAAGUUCUGGCGCCGCUACGGCAAGUUCUCCCGCCACCUCAUGAAGAUCAAGCUGAAGAAGUAUACCAAGUUCCUGUUCGUGCGCGACCCCUUCGUGCGCCUCAUCUCUGCCUUCCGCAGCAAGUUCGAACUGGAGAACGAGGAAUUCUACCGCAAGUUCGCUGUACCCAUGCUGCGGCUAUAUGCCAACCACACCAGCCUGCCGGCCUCGGUCAGCGAGGCCUUCAGCGCCGGCCUCAGGGUGUCCUUCGCCAACUUCAUCCAGUACCUGCUGGACCCACACACCGAGAGGCUGGCGCCCUUCAAUGAGCACUGGCGGCAGGUGUACCGCCUCUGCCACCCAUGCCAGAUUGACUAUGAUUUUGUGGGCAAGCUGGAGACGCUGGACGAGGACGCCUCCCAGCUCCUGCGGCUCCUCCGGGUAGACAGGCGCCUGCACUUCCCACCCAGCUACCGGAACAGAACUGCCAGUAGCUGGGAGGAGGACUGGUUUUCCAAGAUCCCUCUGGCCUGGCGACAGCAGCUGUACAAACUCUACGAGGCUGACUUUGUUCUCUUUGGCUACCCCAAGCCUGAGAAUCUCCUCCAAGACUGAGCGUGCGACUUCACGUCCCUCUGGGUUUGACCUGCAAAGGUCCCAUGUGCCUGUCGGGAGGCACCUAAAAAACCCGGAAUCAACCCCACACACACUCCAGUUUUUUACAUGACCUACGAUUUUGCGAUCUGGACAUCUUGUUUACUCCACUGCCUCUAUUCACUGAGUACUGUGCUGAUAUUUUUUUUAAGAUUAAUAUAUUUCAGAUAUUUAAUAUGAAACGUGGGAGG